CUACCUCUACUCCUUUCACUUAAAAAAAAAUUAAUGCAACUUUUAAUAUUGUUGCUCUUCAAUUUCUUUGUAAAAUAAUUGGAAUUUUUUCUUUAAAAAAAAGUGAACAGAACCCUUUCUAGAUGGAAGAAGAUUCAAUUAUAAUUGUUAUUUUAUUUGGAGUUAUUUUGUGGACUACACUUUUUGUGUUUACAAGAAAUGCUUUUCCAAAACGUUCAUUUGAUUUUUGCAAUCGCUUGGUUUCUACAAUUCAUGCAUCUUUAGCAGUGACUUUGGCUUCUCUUUCUGUUCAAGAUUGGAGUUGUCCUGUUUGUCCUUUAGCUUCAAAAUCCUCUCCCAAACAGAGGAAGGCCCUUGCAGUGACAGCAGCCUAUCUUAUUUAUGAUUUUGUAUGUUGCCUCUUUGACAAACAAGUGAAGAUUGAUAACUUAAUUCAUCAUUUGGUGUGCAUUGUUGGAAUUGGAGCUGGCCUUGCUUAUAAAUUGUGUGGUUCAGAAAUGGUUGCUGCAUUGUGGAUAACAGAGAUAUCUAGUCCAUUUCUCCACUUAAGAGAGCUUCUCAAAGAACUUGGAUAUAGAGACACUGACCUUAAUUUUGCUGCUGAUGUAUUAUUUGCAAUCAUUUUUACCAUUGCUAGGAUGAUAGGAGGGCCAUAUCUCAGCUAUGUUACUCUUUCUGCUGAUAAUCCAAUCAUCAUAAAGGCCAUGGCUUUGGGAUUGCAACUUGUCAAUGCUGGAGAAGGUGGAAGCAACUCUUUCAGUGCAUGUUUUCUGGGAAAGGAAUAGGGUUGCAGACAUUAGCUAAGGAAGGUUGGAAGCGGUCAGUAGAAGACAUUACAACCAUUUUGACAGUUCCUCCCUUGUUUUUAUUAUCAACACUAAACACUAAAUGCAGGAACUAAAUAUCCCAGAAAAAUUUCAACAUGUACUAAUGUUAUGUUAACAGUUGGCCCAUACAAUUUUUGAUGCCCAACAGGGCUCUGUUGUAACUUAAAAUUGUCUUAUUUAAUUAAUUGUAUAAAUAACAUAAA